AUGUCAAUCAUGCCUGGCUUCGCAGAUUCCUUCUGGUCGUCUGGCGACUAUGCUGGAGGACUCGGCGUACUAUUUGGCAAGCUACAGCAAGGCGUGGCAGAGAAUCAGCAAAUCCUGACAAUUGCGCGUAUGCGAGCUGAGGCAGAAGAGGUCUAUGGAAUGCGCCUGGGUGAGAUUGGACCUGCGACGGACAGAAUACCUGGUGGCUUCUCCCGCGACGAUGGAGCAAGUGUGCGAAAGGCAUAUGACGGGGUGCGGACAGAGAUGGAAGAGGCCGCCAAGAAUCACCGCAAGAUUGCACAAGGCAUCCGAGACCUCGUUGUGGCACCCUUCACGAGAUGGUGCGAUGCUCAUGAAUCACGAAUCCAAAAUUCCCAAGACGACUUGCAAGCUCGGAUAAAGCUACACGACAAGCAGGCAGAGUCGGUCAAGAAGCUACGCAGUCACUACUUUAACAAAUGCCGGCUAGUAGAAGAUAUCGAGGAGGAGAAUAAGCUGGCUUUCCAAGACCCUGAGACUAGUCCGAAGGGAAAGAUUCCUGAGAUCAAAGUUCAGGAUAAAGAAGCCGAAGAGGAAGAACCAAUCGAAAUCGCCGAUGUGGUCUACCAACCCGAACAAGUCAAGAAAAUCCUGACACAUAUUCUGCAAACAGUCAAACUUGGAGAGACGAAGGUUCCUAUUCUCGGCACAUACCAAAAUACUUCGUCGGGUGCAGAUAUCGUGGAAUACUUGCAACAUUACAUGGGUGCAACCAGCGUCAGCCACGCAGAGCGGAUUGGACAGGAUUUGAUUACACAUGGAUUCCUCAGACAGCCAGGCAGUGUUGGCAAUAUCUUUGCUAACAGCUCCAAGAUGUUCUAUCAAUGGAAGCCAAAAUCAUUCCAAUUGACUGGGAUCCCCGAGAAGAAAGUCGCUUUGGGUCGUACAUUCUCAAUGGCCUCAAACACGGACAGCAUUGAUUCUCCUGUUGUGGGUAGCGUCAGCGAGUACCUGGCAGGAUGGAAUCCGUUGAACAACCAACACCCUAACGAGACCCCCGGCGACCGUCUUCGAAGGGAGGCAGGUGAGGCUGACGAGAGAUACAAGGCUGGAGUCCGAAGGUUGGAUUUGUACCGAUGCCAGUUGGAAGAAGCUAUCAUCGAACACUUGAAGUACCUCGAGCGCUGUGAGCUUGACAGACUAAAGGCCAUGAAGACCAUUAUCUUGGAUUUCUCAGGCACUAUCAGCAACGUCAUCCCAAGCCUGCAGUCAACCGUGGACAACAUGAUGCUCUAUCAAGAGACCGUUCAGCCAAAUGGAGAUCUCCGAUACCUGCUGGAGAAUUACCGCACUGGUGGGUUCGCGCCUAAGGUUGUAGUUUACGAGAACUACUACAACUCCGCCGAUGAGCAGACCUUUGGUGUUGAUCUUGAAGCACGAGCACGUGCUGACAGAAAGCGCGUUCCUGUUAUUAUCACCACGAUUCUCACAUUCCUCGAUAACCGCUACCCUGACCUCGAAGGAGAUGAGGCUCGUAGAAGCGUCUGGCUUGUUGAAGUCCCACUUGCCCAGACCCACAGGGUACGAGAUGCACUCAACACCGGAAAGCCUUUUAAUCUUGAAACAUUGGAGCCGUAUGAAAUUCCCAUCAUUGCAAGCGUUUUGAAAUUGUAUUUGCUAGAACUUCCAGAUUCCCUAGUAUCUUCACACGUUUACGAAAUUAUGAAAACCAUUUACUCGACUCCAGCAUCCGAGUCUACCGAUUCCGCACGGAUCUCUGUGAUCCAGAAUACCCUCAGCCAACUACGUCUUGCUAAUAUUGCGACACUUGACGCACUAAUGACACAUUUCACCAGACUCAUCGAACUGACAUCUGCUGAUGAAACCUAUGUCGCAGCUCUUGCCAGCGCCUUAGGUCCUUGCAUUCUCCGCCCCAAGACGGAAACCUCAAUGACCAUGGAGGAGAAAUACUCCUACCGAUUAAUUCGCGACCUUUUUGCCCACAAAGUCGCCAUCUUCUCCGAACUUAAGCGCGCCUCCUCGCUCACCCACAGCAUCAGUGUGGACACCCGACCACGUGCUGUUAGCAGCGAUGAGAGCAACAGGAAAGCCAACAUGGAAGCCCGUGCUCGUGCCAUCGCAGCAGCUGGGCGGAAUAGAGCCACAAGCCCCGCCCCAUCUCCUCGCGGCCAUCGCAGAGAUCGCAGCUCUGGUGGACCAGAGACUCGCUUUCCGAUCGCUUCACCCACUUCCUCUGACCAUCCGAGGAAUACCAGAGGUAUAACACAAACAGCGGCAGCGAGAAUGAGUCUCGAGGUUCCGAGCGAGCAGGGCACACCAACCACAACUGAACCCACUAAAGAAGCAGCAGCUCCUCUGCAAAAUGUCACAAACGGCGCUUCAGACACUCCUCACACUAGUGCUACCUAUAUCCCUGGCAUGGAUGACGGCUUAGGUGAAAUUGGAGUUGAGAAGCGCAACAGUCUGGGCAGAGCAGCGCCUGCUGGUGCGGCUCGGGGUCGUAAGCCCGUAGGUCUUGGGCGCAUGAGCGUGGAUCAGUCGAAAAGGAACAGUGUAGGGAGUGAUGGCGGACGUAUGGGCGUUAGUUUGACGGACAAGCCGAUGGAUGAUUGA